AUGUACUGGGACACAGCGACGGCGGCUUCGAAGGAUGAGGCUUCUGAGGAUAAAUUUGUUGCUAAGGCUGAGACGUGCCGUGAUGCUCUGGAGAGCUUGAAGGAGAAGUAUUCCGGUUGGAUUUUGCCUGAGCUUCCGGGCCCAAAGGUGACGCUUGGGAACAAACUGGACCGUCCUAUUUAUACGAAAUAUGCGCACGAGGAAGGGUUCUGGUAUGAAGUAGAGGUUGGAGGGGUAUCUUGCUUCGGGGCCAAUAAGUUCUAUAAAACUGCAACUGAGGCUAUACAUGCUUCUGCUCAUGCAGCUCUUUAUUGUCUUUUAAUCACCGGCCCCGAGAUUAUGCCAUUGUUUCAAGGGGCUAUGCGGAAACGACAUGUGGGCAGAAACCGACUGUUAUCUGGCGACCCAGGUGUGCCUACUGCGCCCAGGGCUGUUCUGCUGCCACCUGGGCCAACAAAGCAAGUGGGUAAGAUGGCUAGAAAGGGCAAGAAGAAGGAUAACGGAAAGAACGCCAACUUGUUGCCGAUUCCUACGACGAGUCGGCGGUUGCCAACCGUAGUACUCCCGUCAUCUGAGACGAAAAGCCACAAAAUAUGGCCUGGAGACCUUGAGUUGAUGACGAAGAAAUAUUCGAAUCCGUGCGAGCGUGUUGAAAAGAUAUGCUUUCUUUUAUCCAUGGAACUGCCAGAAUAUCACAUAACCCCGUUGGAAGGACAGGCGGACGGGACUGCUCUGCUUUUCAGCGCGGCGGCGCGGUUCCCAAAUGAUCCAUUCCUUGCGCGGGUUGGUAAUAUUGGGUGGACCAAGUAUGUUGAAUCGACGCAGAUGGCUAAGGAGAAGUGUGCUGUGCAGGUGCUUGGGUAUCUGAUGAGGAUGGUUAGGGAGGAUGAGGAUUGGGAGCAGGAGGAUCCGGGGUGGGAGGGAAUGGCUGCUUCAGCUGCUGCAGGUAUGUUAGAUUUGGGGGUUAAUGUGGAUUUUGGAAAGGGUGGUGCUGCGGUUGAUCGGUUUGGUUCGGAUGCUAGGUGUGAUUUCAUUCCCUUGGAGUUGGAAGGGUCUGUGAAAAUCAAGGAGGAGGAUGAGGAGGAGGGUGGGAUUAUGUGGACGGGCGAGGUUAGAAGCAAAAAGAAUGAGAAUAAUGAUCGAGCAGAGUAA